AUGGAAGAGCAUUUAAAAUUGAUGGAAGAGAGUGACAGUGAUGAUGAGAAAGCUAAGAAGAAAAAGAAGAAAGUUAAAACACCAGUCAGCAGUGAUGAAGAAGAAGUUUCGGUGAUCAAAAGAAAGGUAAUAGAAGUUCCAGCUUUCAAAGUUGAAGCAGAAGCUGAUGCACAAAAGAUUCCAGAUUUAUCCAACCUUGAAGACAUGAAAGCUUUUGAAGAAGAAACAUCUAAAGAAAAGAAUUCUAAAAAGAAAAAGGAUACUGGAGUGAAGACUUCCAAAACAAAGAAGGAUACUGAAGUAAAGAUGUCUGGAACAAGCUCAGAAGAAGAGGAGAAAAGUUCAUUUUGGAAGCAGACCAAUAGAGAAUUCCUUGCGAAGAAGCAAGAUGAAAUGAAGAAUGAAGCUGUUCAGAAGAAAGAGACGAGAACCUGUUUUCAAUGUAACACAGCUGGGCAUAUUGCCAAGGAUUGUUCUAAGAUGGCGGAUGAUCGUAAUUUGAAUAACGAAGAUGUAGCACGACUAGAAGUAAUGAACAAGAAAUUUUUUGAAGAAGUGGGAAAGGCUAUACAAGCCAACCUUCCCAAACUAGCACAAGAGGUGGAAAGCCAUGUAUUAGAAAUGGUUGAGACUAUGAUGACGGGCAAGAUUGAUGAAUUGAAGGAACUAAUAGGAGAAUCUUAA